GCACCCAGGCGCCCCCCACCUGCCCAGCCCGGCCCGCCGCCCCGGGGAGCCGGCCGGCCUAGGGAUCGCCCCCGGGGGGAGGGCAGUUUCGGGGUCCCGGGCGGGGGAGUCGGGAGCCAGAGGGGAGAGGGCGGCGGGUUUUCAUGUGCCCAGCAUGAGCUCCUACUUCGUCAACCCCCUGUUCUCCAAGUACAAAGGCGGCGAGUCCCUGGAGCCGGCCUAUUACGACUGCCGCUUCCCGCAGAGCGUGGGCCGGAGCCAUGCGCUGGUGUACGGGCCCGGCGGCUCGGCGCCCGGCUUCCAGCACGCCUCGCACCACGUCCAAGACUUCUUCCACCACGGCACCUCGGGCAUCUCCAACUCGGGCUACCAGCAGAACCCAUGCUCGCUGAGCUGCCACGGAGACGCCUCCAAAUUCUAUGGCUACGAGGCGCUCCCCAGACAGUCCCUUUAUGGGGCUCAGCAAGAGGCGAGCGUGGUGCAAUAUCCCGACUGUAAAUCCUCCGCCAACACUAACAGUAGCGAAGGACAAGGCCACUUAAAUCAAAACUCGUCUCCCAGCCUCAUGUUUCCAUGGAUGAGACCCCACGCUCCGGGGCGGCGCAGCGGAAGGCAAACUUACAGCCGGUAUCAGACCUUGGAACUAGAAAAGGAGUUUCUCUUUAAUCCUUAUUUGACACGAAAGCGCCGGAUUGAAGUCUCUCACGCCCUGGGACUGACUGAGAGACAAGUGAAGAUCUGGUUCCAGAACCGAAGGAUGAAGUGGAAAAAGGAGAACAACAAGGAUAAACUGCCGGGAGCCCGAGAUGAGGAGAAGGUGGAGGAAGAAGGAAAUGAGGAAGAGGAGAAAGAAGAGGAGGAAAAGGAAGAAAACAAGGACUGAGCAAAAAAGAGAGGACCCCCCCCCCCGCCUUUAGCAACUCCCUUGAAGUUUCGUUUUAUGGUAGCGGAUAAAUUGAGAAGUUUACGACUGUCAUUUGCUUUUAUAGAGAAUAGAAUGACACUCAAAACCCCAACUACCUGUCAGAUACUUGCAGCUCGGGUUUUAUUACCUUUGGACUUCCCCGGAUCUUUAUUUGUUUGGGGACUGGAGGGGGGAGACCGAGACACAGCGAAAAGUUCCGAGUCUCUGCCUCAGUCAUUGCCCCAACACACACACUUGUCCGUCCCCCCACCCUUCUUAGUCCUGCCUGGAUUUUAAGGUCUGAGACCUGGCGUCUUUGCCCCUUCUCCCGGCCCCGUCUUGCCACCCUGCCACCUCCCUGCUUCUCUGGUAUUUAUUUUAGAGGGGAACCCCCUCAAACUGCAGAAGAAGACUCGUGGCGGCUUUGUUUUCAAGCUAGGAUUAGUGUAUUAGAUUGACUUUUUUUUUUCCCAAAGGACAGAAAAUUGAAGGAAGGAAGGAAAAGAAAGGGAAGAUGUUCAAAGACAUUUUUUAAAUGAUAGCGAGGAAUAUCCCCUCUCCCUCCCUGGGGCUCCCCGGCUUAGAAAGACUCCCUUGACUUUCUCUAGGAACCUGAUGGAAACCUGAAGCAGAUGGGGUCUCCCCCUCCCCCCUCCCUUUCCACGGCGUAGAUAGGAGCCUGCAGUCACCCACUAAGAUCCUACCUAGCCAUCCCAUGGUCACUCGGGCCCAUGCCUCCCUCCCCUUUCCUGUCUAAUUUCUGUUGUUGGGCCCAGCUUCCUCUGAGCUGCAUUAGUGAGCACUCAGACAUCACCAUAAUCAUGAAAAUAAUAAUAAUACUGAUAAUACUGGUAAUAAUAAUGAGUCUUUAACAUACUACCUAAAGGGAACCUGCAAUAAUCUUGAAAAAAAUAAAAAAGAGAAAUUUAAAAACAUCCUAAUAUGGGAGAAAAAAAGAGAAAAAAUUUAAAAUAAAAAAAAAGAAAGAAACCUCCAACGUAUUUUAUCACUACCUAUAGGAAGAAAUCCCGCUUUGAGAGUAUUUGUAAUGCGGUUUUGCUGUCGUUUGUUGCUGCUUCUUUCAAUAAGAAAAACCCAACAACUGAGACUGCCUAGCCCGCCGGUCCUGUGAGCUUUUAUUGUGCUUCUAACCCCAGUAGAGUAGAACUAAAUUGCACUGAAUGUAUAGUAAACUCUGUCUUGAAUUCUCUGUUUAUGCAAUGUGCUCGAAAGGAAAAAAACGUUAAAAUAUAUCUAUAAUAAUAAUUUUUUGUCAUUUGUCUUUAUGUCCAGCUAUGAAUGUAGAUUUUGUGUCCCAGCAGCCCUGUUUCUGGUCCAAGUACUUUGUAUUGUAUACGUGAGUCAUAAUUAAAAAAAAG